AUGUCAGCCUCAUCCUCAUGGACUUCAUGGAUUCCAUCGCUUUCUUCCCUCUUUUCGUGGGUUACUGUUGGGGCUGCUGUAUACGCUGGAUACAAACUCGAGCUGCACAAAGUGCGCUAUGAGAUAACGUAUCUGAACGGUGUUGAAAUCAGUCGCACGGUCACUCGCGGAAAAGAGAUUUUGUAUACGUUUGGCAAG